GCUGAAACUGUCGGCACAGCAAGCAAGAAUGGACUGCGGCGGCCCCGAUAUGGGUUGCUUCUUGGAGGACGAACCGCCUUCCGAGGCAUUGGCGUCAUAUGACAAGUUCGUCAAGUGGGUUCUCCACUCGCCCCCAAGUGCGCUCGACGAUUCAGCAGCGUGGCCCAAUGACUUUGACGUGCUUGAUGUCAUGGUCAAGGCCGAUGAAGCUAUGGCACCAAGCGUUGCCAUUGCGAAAAUUCAAUUGGCGGCCGCCGAGUCCAUUUCCGAAGAACUCGUCGAUACCCUUUUCGAGCUCGAACGCGAGGGCGAUGAGGUGUUUGAGCUGGCGGACCAGCUUGAGCUCGAGCAGCUCAACUACCAAGCUACAAUUAUGCGGCUGGAAAAGACGAUUUUGCUGCAGCUACAAGUCCGAGAAGAGUCCAUCGCCGAUCAGUUUGCUCUGGAACAAACGAUCGCACGACUGCACACCGACGAUGCGCCAGCAAGAAGCCGCAAGGGCCUUGGAAUCUCGCUAAACUUUGGGUGGCCACGCGGUCGGCCAGACGCCAAAGAAAUCGUCAAGAAAGAUAUCGAGCUGCAUGAGAAGCUGCUUGCCCAUGAAAAGCUAUCGUUGGCCGAAGCGAAGGCGGACUUGGACCAAGAGCGGUUUACUACCCGGGCGCUUGAGAAGCGAUGCGCCCGUUUGAAGUUGGAACUGGCCGCAGCCACCACCACGGAAGACGUCUUUCGAAGCCAACUGAACGCUGCCAAUUCAACUCACCAAGCGCUGCUCACAAAGCUGAGUCUGGUGCCACAAAUCGCAACAAAAGUCUACAAGGCCAGACUUCACGCAAAAAAGGAUGAGCAACCGACGCCCCUUACUCCUUCAAGCUGCGGCAGUGGCAGUGGCAAUGAGCCAAGUAGCAGCCAAACUCUCGAACACCAGUAGCUUUAUUCGUGUGCUUCUCUCUUCAGAUCAGCUCUGGACUCAUAAUAUCUUGAUCGUGCUGUUAAUCUCAGCCAUCUUCUUGAAGUUCCA